AUGGCGCUGAUCCUGCAAGUAAACCUUGAUAGGACCGUGCUCGCGCAUGAUCUGCUGUGCCAGAUUUCCCGCGCCUGGGGUGCGGAUAUGCUCUUUAUAAACGAGCCAUCCCGCGCGCUACCGGGCCGGGGCUGGUACUGCGACAAGACAAAAUGCGCAGCCAUCCUGAUUUGUAGCGACAAAUUCUCCGUAUCCGAUAUCGGAGGCGGAGAUGGGUUCGUGUGGAUCAGGUGUGGGGGCGCUUUCUAUGUGAGUUGCUACAUAUCCCCUAACAUCUCGAUUGGUGUCUUUAGAGAUCGGAUUGCCGAACUCGAGGAUGCUAUUCGGGUGUGCAGGGAAAGUGGUGAUGUUGUCCUGGCCGGUUACUUCAACUCCAAGGCCAUCGCUUGGGGGGAGCCGAGAACCGACCCCAGAGGACGGGCGGUGUUAGAGAUGGCCGCAAGGCUGGAUCUCAUCGUCAUGAUCUCUGGUGGUUCAGCAACGUUCAGGCGACCCGGAAGCCGGGGUACGAUCAUCGAUCUCACACUGGUGUCGUCAGAAAUGAAGGCGCGGGUGUCUGACUGGCAAGUCCUUGAGGACUACACGGCCAGUUAUCACCAGUACGUCAGCUUCGUGAUAAGCGAGGAUCGUGGUGCAGGCUCGCGAAAUGUAAUCCCAAGGCGCGUUGCCGGGUGGAACGUAGCAAAGCUUAACCGAGAUUUGCUGCUGAAAGCCAUGGUUAGCGCGCCACCUCCAGCUGAUUUGAACAAGAUCACAAAUUCAGCGGAGGCCGAGGCACUCGUGAGCGGUACUACGAGACGGGUCAAGGAAUGGUGUGACGCGUGUAUGCCUAAAAGGUCGGCCAGGAGAGGUCGAUGUUCGUGCUACUGGUGGAUCGAGGACAUCGCUAACUUGCGCGGAGAGGCGCAGCAUUUAUGGCGUCUUGCACAGCGACACAGAACUCGCGAAGGCGCCGGGGCGGCUGUUGCCGCGUACAAGGAAGCAAAAAAAGCGUUGGUGAGGGCGACCGAGGUGAGCAAAAACCGAUGCUGGCGCGAGCUCAUAGAUGAUAUAGAUAAGGACACGUGGAGCCUGGGCUACCGGAUCGCGUUAAAAAGACUUCGCGGUACGGACCCGACGCCGCCGAUGGAACCUGCCUUUUUGGAGAGAGUGGUCUCUUGUCUCUUUCCGGAGCAUCUCGCGAGAAGGCGAGAGGAAAUAAGGGUUGAACGGGUCCCUCUCUUUAAGCUCGAUGAAUUGAGGUUGGUGGCAUCGGAGACGCCGGGUCGAAAGGCCCCUGAUCCGGACGGGGUGCCGUCUGAAGUCCUCAAGAUAAUAGCUGCGGAAAAGCCACACGUUUUGUUGGACAUGUUCAAUGCAUGCUUGCGCGUUGGUCUGUUCAGCGGGCGUUGA